AUGGUGCAUCAGACCACCUCCGCAGUCAGGACGCUGUACAAGCCUCCCGUAUUCACAUCUCCCGCGACGACCAAGCCGACGUCGGCCAAGAUCCCGGUCAUGGAGACCAGCAGAGAGGCGCUCAAGAUCGUCAGCCUGAUGUCGCCCCCAGAGCUGCCCCCGUUCGAGACCUUCAGCCAGAGCGCGCUCUCGGCCACACCCACCAUCAUGCGCCCCUCGUCCGACGAGAGGCGGACGGGCCCCGAUCCGCCGCUGUCGCCUCCCAUCUCGCCGUUUGCAAAAUCAACAAACUGCAUCGAUCCGACCCCGGCCUCGCGCGAGGGCUCCCAGCACGACCCGAUUCUCUACCCCGGCGCCGCCGACAUCUCGCCAACCCCCUCACACCAACCGCUGUUCAAGGCCCCGGGCGGUACAUCGUCUCCCGUCCCCGUGCCCGCGGUUGCCGUGCCCAUAGCCGCUGCUGCGCCCGCGGUCGCCGAGGACAAGAGGAGCGUCGACCAGCACCUGGCGUCGCGUCCGUCAUAUCUCUUCAAGGUGACCACGCCGCCCAAGCGUGACGAGUACGAGCUGGCUCUCUACUUCAAGUCGUCGGUCAUGCAGAGCUACACGCAGAACCCGAGCGGCUGGCUGCGCAAGGAGCGCGCCAUCCUGAUGGAGGACAAGCGAGCCAGCAUGAAGGCGGCCGAGGCCAAGGCCAAGUUCCAGCCCAUCCUGCCGGCCAAGACGAGGCGCCCGUCGGCCAUGCGCGUCUCCAAGCCGAAGCCCCUCCUCCCCAUCUACAAGCCCCUGAUCACGGCCGCCAGCAGCCCCGGAGCCGCCGGCGCCGGCACCACGGCGGCUGGCGGCGGCGGCGGCAAGCCCGUGGGCCCGAACCGGGAGGACAAGGCCUUUGAGAUGCUGCCCGACUUCUGCCCGCCGCUGGGCUCGCUGCCCGCGAACCGGCCCAACUGCCUCAAGGUGGACUGGAAGGGCAACGCGCUCGACCUGACAAACGACCCGCACGCGCACCGGCUUCACCCGGACGAGCGGCUGCUCGCCGCGGGCCUGCGGCUCGACUGCGCCACGUACCUGACGAGCAAGCGCCGCAUCUUCAUGCGCCGCCUCGAGUGCGCCCGCAUCGGCAAGGAGUUCCGCAAGACGGACGCGCAGCAGGCCUGCAAGAUCGACGUCAACAAGGCGUCCAAGCUCUGGACCGCCUACGAGCGCGUCCGCUGGCUCGAUGUGGAGUGGAUGAAGCCCUACAUCUGA